GGAUCCUUCCUCGUUCAAACUCGCCUCUUUUUUUAUUCAAGCAAAAAGUCACUUGGUUUAAUUUUACUUUAGUUAGUAGUUAGUAGUUCGACAGCCGCGUGAUACUACUGUAGCGUUAGUAAAUUGUUACGCGGCUCUAAUCGUUAAAUUAUCAAUUACUUUUGAUUACUUCUGUGCUUCAAAAACAGCUGAUAAGUGACUAUCUGCGGAAUAUCUAGCCAUUCAUUAUUAGAAUGUUGAAUAAUGCCUUAUCUUAACUGUGAACUAACUUCUUGACAAUAGGUUUUGAAGCACGUGUAUUAUCAGCGGAAGAGUAUCAACUAACAGCUCAAAAAUAAACAUUGGUGAUGUUAGAGAAAAUGGAAUUUGAGCCAAGGGAAGCCACGGACUUGCUUGGUGGGAGUCAAAAGACUGAAGUUAAUGGAAACCCUAACCAUGCUUCUAAGAGAGGGCCUCCAGAUGGAGGAUUUAGAGCAUAUGCUGUAAUGGUUGGCUCUUUUCUUACGAAUGGGCUAUUAUUUGGCGUUAUAAAUUCUUAUAGCGUAAUAUACCCUGAACUUGAAAGAAAACUGAAAGAUGCAAACAUACCAAACGCCGAGAGUCGCGCAUCUUUGGUGGGCACGCUGGCUAUGGGAACUACGUUUUUCCUGUCACCGCUCUCAGGAGUUCUGACGGGCCUCAUGGGUCUCCGUUUGACCGCUGUGCUUGGCGGCACAAUCGCCACCGCUGGCCUACUCUUCAGUUCCUUCGUCGUUGAUCACAUAGACGCUCUUUGUUUCACCUACGGUAUUAUGUACGGCUUAGGCGCGUCAUUUGCGUACACGCCGUCUCUAGCCAUCCUCGGACACUACUUCAAAAAGAAGCUAGGACUUGUAAACGGCAUUGUCACAAUCGGCAGUUCCAUUUUCACCGUCUUCAUUCCCGUUGUGAUGGAUGUUAUGAUAAGAAAUCACGGCUUAGACUGGAUGUUCAGACUUUUGGCAUUAUUCUCGUGCGGUAUAGCACUUUGUGGGUUGUUAUUCAACCCAACUCCAUUGACGGCAGCUGAAAAGCCGAUAAGGGACGACGACAGCAUUAAAUCUUUGCUAAAAACGAUUGUCAACAUCGAAAUUUGGAAGAACAAGAAGUACAGAAUGUGGGCAUUGUGCAUGCCUGUAGCCUUAUUUGGUUAUUUUGUCCCAUAUGUGUACAUCAAAUCUUACAUCGAGAAACGUUUUGUAGAUGUAGGUAACAAAAACCUACCAUUACAAUGUAUAGCAGUUACUUCGGGAAUAGGGAGACUCAUGUUUGGUUAUCUAGCAGAUAAACCGGGAAUGGAUAGAAUAUUGUUGCAACAAAUUUCGUUUUACGUUAUUGGCAUACUUACUAUCAUUAUACCUUUUGUUGAGUCUUUCCCUUUCUUGGUGGCAAUUUCUUUGGGUAUGGGAUUGUUCGACGGUGCCUUUAUUGCUUUGAUUGGGCCAAUAGCGUUUGAGUUGUGUGGCAGGAACUGUGCAGCCCAAGCUAUUGGUUGUAUGUUAGGACUUGCAGCAUUCCCCUUGUCAAUUGGGCCGCCCGUAGCUGGCCAUAUUUAUGAUUACUACAAAUCUUACACUGUUCCCUUUAUUUUGGCUGGUGUCUCCCCAUUAGUAGGAGCUACGUUGAUGUUUUUUGUCCGUUUAUAUCGGACUAACAAUAUCCAGGAAAAUAAUUCAAAUGCGAAUGGGCAUCUUGAUUCCGUGGCUGUUGGAAAUUCACCGGAUCCUUUACUUGGAAAUAAGACUGCACAACAACCGGGCUUAUAACAUCAAAGAAGGAAAUAAUCAGGCAAUAAUUUAUAAUAUUACAUGAGUCGCAGUUUCAUGGACUUAAUAACAACAGCUGUAUGAGGAUUAAAACUAUAGGAUGGUGGUAUAUUUUAUAUUUGAUUUUAUACAUAUAAUCUUUCAAGCUAAAGCUGGUUACAAAUUAGAAUUAGAUAGAUUUUAUCAACAAAGUUUGGUGCCUAUUAGGAGUAAAAAGUGAAAAAUCUGAAAUUUUUAGUACCUAUUCGAUCAUGUUCUACUAAAUCAUUCAGUAUAACUGGGUGGAAAUUAACGACAAAUAUUGUUCUAUAUAAGAUAUAGUUGUGGAACUGCAUGAAAUAUUAAAUCGUCAAUUAUUUUUUACGGUGACGACCUAAUCGAGAAACAAAUCAUUUAUCUUUAUUAUCCUACCUAUACAGUACUGUUAGGUAAGCUAAUACAACGUAUAUUUUUAUUAUGAACGCAGCUACAUGACUUUAUUAUUAUUUUUAUUACAAAAACAAUUAUGUUGAGCGUGAAACGGUGCAUUUUGUUUAAAAUGCGGCGAUAUAACAACGAGUUAUACAUAUAUUUACAAUUUUAAUGUGUUUUACGAAUUUAAAUGCAUUUGCGUAGAAGUUAGUUUACGUCAAUAUGCAAAAAAUAUUCAUUAGAACCUCGCGAUAAAGUCUGUGCAUGCACGCAAAUAAUGUAAUUACAACGAGAAUCUAAUUAAAUAUUUCCAGUAAUUAAUUACAUUUACGUACCUAUAUCCAUUUUACCUAGUUACCGAUGAAGUUCCUAUUCCAUUUUGUUUUAGUCCAAUUUUAAGUAAAAAUAUUUAUGUUUAAGAAAAUUAAGUUAUACAUACAUGUUACAUAAAAAUUAUGUAUAAGAAUAUAUUUUUAGAAAAUUGACAAUACAGAUUUGAAAGUGACAUAAUAUUUAGAAUGUAGAAUCUCAAUAAUUUAUUUUUUCACUUUAAUAAUGAAAUCGAAUAAAAAUUGGUCCUUUUUAGCGAUAUAUGAAAUUCGAUUAAUUAUGAUGCUUUUUAAAUAUAUUUCGAGUGACAACACAAUAUUAGAAGCUUUAGCACUUAUGUGUACCUACCUACCGUGUACGUACCUAUCGAAAACUGAAAAAUAAGUGCAAGGGUUUAUAAAAUAAAGAAACAUGGGAGUUAGCUAAAUAUGUAGUUAAUUACAACUUUGUCCACGUAAUAUAAAAUUAGUUUUUGAUUAAAUAAUAUUAAAACUAAUAUGUAGUAGCUAAGCUACAGGCUCCUAAACUGAAGUGCAUAAUUUAGAGAGAUUGAUAGAAUCUGCUAUUGUAGAGUUCCGUAAUAAACCCCAAUUAUUUAGCCAUCUCCUUUCAAAUACGAUUCUUAAAGCAGAUUUUUCAAAUUUUGUUUGAAGAAUCGUAAAUUGUUAUUUAUUACAUUUAAUAUGUUUACACAUAAUAUAACUCUCUAUAUUAAAGUAAAUAUUUUUUCUAUCUAGGUAACUAAUAAGUACUUAUUGAAUUUUUAUGAUCGAUAUCUUUUGUUAAUGUUUUAAAAGUACAUAGUUCACAGGUGUGUGCAUUUGUGUGAAGUGUGCUUAGUUAAUACGAUACAUUGCGUCUGUAGUGUGCUGUGAUAUGAAUGAAUUCAUAAUCAAUUAUUAUAUGGGGUACAAUACAAUAUUAUCUACGUUAUCUUUAAGAUCUACUUGAGGCUAAUAAUUACGCUAUAUCAAUAUAAUGUGAUUGUUAUUCAAAUAAAGGUCUGUAUAAUCGUAUGGCAGGAUAAUAUGAUUUAUUCUACUAUUUUUGCUGCCAAGGUAUAAAAAAUCUUCGUGUGUGAUAUAUUACUUGCUAGAUUAUAUUUAUAGGGUGUUAGGUAAAAAUACAUUUUAUAAAAUCCGAUUUGUAUGAAAAUUAAAAUAAUUAAAAUGAAGAUAUCAAAUUUUCUGACUUCACCAUACCAUUUAUGUGCCCAUGUUAACAUGGGCUAGUGUCGGCUCAUAUACCCAUUUACCUAACACCCUGUAUAUCUCUACGAUUUGUUAAAAAUAUUGGCUGUGUAUAAAAGCUGGCGAAGUAUGGGAUCCUCCCGGCCCAAAAUAUCUCUAUAUUAAUAUUUACCGCAAUAAUUGUUCAUACUUAUUAUGUUUUAUGAAAAAGGAAUUCAUUUAAAAUUUGUAAUUAUGAGGCACGAAUUUAUGUUCCUACCUCGUUUUAGUUUAUUUAUAGGUACUAAUAUUUACUUAAUCUUCAAUGAGCACUGUUGCAAAUUUUGCUAGCAUUUAUGCAUUCACUAUUAUGAUGCUUUUAUAUUUAUGAUUGUGUAUUGAUUUAGUAGUUAAUCACUUUUAUUUGUUGACGUUAAUGUAUAGGAUAAUGUUUAAUAAUAUUAUGAUUAUGUUCGACGUAAUUUCAUAAAUGAAUGUAACAAUUUGUUAGUUUAUCACCAUCAGGUAAAAUACAAUGUUCAUUCCAAACUAAAUUAAUGGCAUUUUAAUGUUAUGAGUAUUAUGACCCCAUUUGUUUUAUAUUUUUAUAUUGUUGGCAACACUUGGGGCCUAGAAGUUUCACUUGGGCAAGGUUCUUUAGUCUAUGAUUGGCCUAAAUAUUAUGUAGGUAUUACGCCCGUAUUCACUACCACCCAUAUAAACGUUGCUUGCUUAAGUGAAGCAGCAAAUCGAACGCACAGCGUUGAAUAGAGCUUUGUGAUUGGUUCAUUUAUCACUCUGUGCGUCCAGGAGCACUGUGAGACCUCAUAGUAAUGUUUGUGAAUACGGGCGUUAGAGUACACACGACAGCACAUCAAGCUAAACACAGUGGUGUCUUAUCUCGUUGUAAUACUGGAUAUUUUGCAACAAAAAUGUAUUUAUCUGCCGUGUUGUCGACUGCUCCUAUAUCGUUCUAUUUCUAUGAGCAUAAAAAUAAUAAGUUUUAGAAUUUUUUCAUUCAGAGUUAGCAUUUUGACAACUUGAGUGCAACUUGUUCAUUCAUAAGGACAUGUAACACUGGAUGCGGUCUGCGGUCAGGUUACAGUAAUCAUACAUGAUGCAGGCUGCGCUUAAUACUUUGGCUUAACCGCAUAAAAUGUGACAAAGCCAUAAUAUUAAAAUAAAUGUAGGUAUAUUAUUCAACCACUAUUAAAAUAACUUCAACUGGUGAUGUUUUGGAAUAAAUAACUUUCGUCGGAUCAUUUUUACCGGAAUAUUGUUUUCGAGAUAGUUUUAAUUAUGUUCCUAGAGAUAAGAUAAACCGUGGGUUCAUUGUAAUCGGUUAGUUAUUUUUUUACCUAAGAGUUAAGUAUUUACCUAUUGGAUAACUGUAAUUAUGUAAUACAGUAAGUACCUUUCAGCAGGAAAUCUACAAAAAAUUGCAGUAAUGCAUAUAACAAGUUGCUUCACCUAGAUUUUCCAACAAGUUCGUUAAUUUUAUGUAGUUCAUUUUGUUGUCAAUAGUGUACUUCACUAGGUAUUUUAAGUGUUGGGACGACAAUUUCAGAUGUUUUUUAAAUUUUAGCCAUCAUAAUGAAAAUAAACAUUUCAUGAUGUAUGAAAAAUUAAAA